AUGUUGAAUUUUCAAGUUAGUAUGUUAAAUUUUCAAGUACGUAUAUUGAAUUUUCAAGUUAGUAUGUUGAAUCUUCAAGUUAGUAUGUUGAAUUUUCAAGUUAGUAUGUUGAAUUUUCAAGUUAGUAUAUUGAAUUUUCAAGUUAGUAUGUUGAAUUUUCAAGUUAGUAUGUUGAAUUUUCAAGUUAGUGUAUUGAAUUUUCAAGUUAGUAUGUUCAAGUUAGUAUUUAGUAUAUUGAAUUUUCAAGUUAGUAUGUUGAAUUUUCAAGUUAGUAUGUUGAAUUUUCAAGUUAGAAUGUUGAAUUUUCAAGUUAGUAUGUUGAAUUUUCAAGUUAGUAUGUUGAAUUUUCAAGUUAGUAUAUUGAAUUUUCAAGUUAGUAUGUUGAAUUUUCAAGUUAGUAUGUUGAAUUUUCAAGUUAGUAUGUUGAAUUUUCAAGCUAGUAUAUUGAAUUUUCAAGUUAGUAUGUUGAAUUUUCAAGUUAGUAUGUUGAAUUUUCAAGCUAGUAUGUUGAAUUUUCAAGUUAGUAUGUUGAAUUUUCAAGCUAGUAUAUUGAAUUUUCAAGUUAGUAUGUUGAAUUUUCAAGUUAGUAUGUUGAAUUUUCAAGUUAGUAUGUUGAAUUUUCAAGUUAGUAUUUUGAAUUUUCAAGCUAGUAUGUUGAAUUUUCAGUUAGUAUGUUGA